CUCUCUCUCUCUCUCUCUCUCUCAGUGUAAGUCUACCUAACUUGUCCCUCUCUCUCUUUCUCUCUCUCUCUCAGUGUAAGUCUAUCUAACUCGUCCCUCUCUCUAUCACUCCCAGUAUAAGUGUAGCUAACUUGUCCCUCUCUCUCUCUCUCUCUCUCUCUGUAUAAAUGUAGCUGAUUCGUCUCUCUCUCUCUCUCUCUCUCUCUCUGUAUAAGUGUAGCUAACUCUUCCCUCUCUCUCCCUCUCUCUCACUCCCAGUAUAAGUGUAGCUAACUCGUCCCUCUCUCUCUCUCUCUCUCUCUCUCUCUCUCUCUCUCUCUGUAGAAGUCUAGUUAACUCAUCCCUCCCUCCCUCUCUCUGUCUCUCUCUCUGUCUCUCUCUCUUUCUCUCUCUCGCUCCCAGUAUAAGUGUAGCUGACUCGUCCCUCCCUCUUUCAGUGUCAGCACUGGCCGUUACCUGCUCCGUGCUCUCUCUCGCCCUCACACUCUCUCUCUCACUCACACACACAUGAAUACACACGUUAUUGCCAUGAUUGUGACACACAGUCGAGCGUGUUUGUGGGAUUAGACACAGUGUGUGUGUGAGAGUGUGUGUGUGUGUGUGUUGGAGGAACUUGGUUAAGGAUGAUACACCUCACAUGGCUGCUGCUGAUCUCCGGGAUCCCGCGUGUUACAGCAAGCUAUCCGAUAUGGUGGUCAUUAGCGGUGGGACAUCAGUACUCGUCUGUAGCAUCUCGGCCUGUGCUGUGCAGCUCGAUCCCGGGUCUAGUGCCAAAGCAGCUGCGGUUCUGCAGGAAUUUUGCAGAGGUGAUGCCCAGUGUAGUGCAUGGCCUCAGCAUCGCUAUCCGCGAGUGUCAACACCAGUUCCGCGGCCGCCGAUGGAACUGCACUACUCUCAAUGACACACUCUCCAUCUUUGGUCCCGUCCUAGAUAAAGCCACAAGAGAAGCUGCGUUCGUUCACGCCAUCGCAUCUGCAGGAAUAGCGUUUGCCGUGACUCGAGGGUGUGCUGAUGGUUCAGCUACGAUCUGCGGCUGUGAUAUGAUACGUAAAGGUCCCCCGGGGGAGGGGUGGAAGUGGGGCGGCUGCAGCGAGGACGUUGAAUUUGGGAACAUGGUGUCACGAGAAUUUGCAGAUGCACGCGAGAACCGGCCCGAUGCCCGAUCUGCCAUGAACCGCCACAACAAUGAGGCUGGCAGGAUAUCCAUCACCGAACACAUGUACCUGAAAUGUAAAUGUCACGGACUGUCAGGAAGCUGCGAGGUGAAGACAUGCUGGUUUUCACAGCCGGACUUUCGCAAAAUCGGUGACUACAUGAAGGACAAAUACGACAGCGCCUCCGAGAUGGUGGUGGAGAAACACAGGGAGUCUCGGGGCUGGGUCGAAACCCUGCGGCCCAAAUACGCCUUCUUUAAACCGCCCACAGAAACAGAUCUCGUCUACUACGAAAGUUCGCCCAAUUUCUGUGAGCCGAACACGGAGACGGGUUCGUUCGGGACACGAGACCGCACGUGUAACCUGACGUCGCAUGGCAUCGACGGCUGCGAGCUGCUCUGCUGUGGCCGAGGACACAACACAAGGACGGAGAACCGCAAAGAGAAAUGUCACUGCGUCUUCCACUGGUGCUGCUACGUCAGCUGUCAGGAGUGUAUGCGUGUCUACGACGUCCACACCUGCAAAUAACCCGGACUAGUACGGAGAAAAUUGGUUUCUUUACUAACCUGCUAAAAUAUCGCUGAAAAGCAGGGUGUGUCCUGACUUUGCUGAGUGACAAGGCUUUCAAAGCAGAUAUAUAAUCAUCAAUAUUCACACACCUGUGAGCGCAUCAUAAUAACUGGACUCUGUAUUAAUACACCACUGAAAGCGUUACACAUAAGCCAUUGUUCUGUCCAUAGAACACCUUAAUCUUUGCCUGUCAUUUUGCUUAGCAACCAGUGUUUACUGUAACAGACUGCGGUGCAUGGAGGAAGAAUUGAUUAUAGCAAAAAUUUAUAAUUUAUUCAUAAUAAAUUCAAUUAUUUAUUUAGCACUAGAUUUUAUCAUAUUGUUUUUGUCAUGCAGGUAAGAGGGUUGUUCUCCACUUCAUGUUGUACCUAAGAACGCCCUUACCUGUGAUAAAAUCGCCGUAACACACACCCUCUCGUGUCAUAUAUCAUACAGUAUAAUAACUAAGCUAGCUUCCAAAAUAAUGCUAACAUUAGCAUUAUUUCGCUAAUUGCCCUUGUUAACCCAAAGAUGCUUGUCACUCCGCAAAAUCAGGACCUCCAGGAAGCUAAGGGGCACAAAAAAAGUGGUUCCCCUAUGAAUUUCAUCAUUCCUUCAAGAACCUUCUAUGAAAAUAUCCCUCUGGAUUAAAGUUGUCGAGUAACGGUCUUCCAAAAACAUCUCGUGUCAUCAUUCCCUUACAUAAUAGAUUAAAGAGAAAGGUCAAAACCGAGGUUGUUGUGGAUCCUGCAAUGAAAAAAGGGGGCGUGUCUUAUUACACACUACUGAACAGGCAGCUUCUUUCAGAGACAUUAAAAGACCUUACAUGACAAAGGGGACCCACUUGAAAAGGCUCUCACGUUCCCUUCUCAAAGGGACUAUCACACCAUUGUGAGGACGUUUCACUCGUUUAACUCUCAGAGGGAUGAUUCUUAACCCGACUUCAGAGAGAGAGAGAGAGAGCGAGAGAGAGAAGAAACAGAGGCGACUCAAAGUCUUACAUCGCCGAGCUCUGGAGACUUCUGCAAUUGUGCUGGGAAUAAAAAAAGAGGCUUUGUAAUGGCACGUGGCACCUGGUGUAACGUUUGUCCCCCAGCGACACAUUAGCUUUAGCCUCUUUGCUAACAACUUUAAUCAGCCAUUAGCGCUAUAUUGAAUUCUUAGUCGUUCCUAUAAAAGAUGGAUAUUUGAAUUUUUUAUACUAAGUGCCGUAUUAAAUGUUUAAAUGUGCAUACGCGUGUGAAAGAGAUUUAGCACUCAGCUAUUAGCACUCUGCUCUGCUAGUUUCAGCAUUAGCCUUUAACACGAUUUUUUUCUAAAACAGCUCAAUAUUUAGUAGCUACAUCAAAUAUUUCUUGAAAAAAGAAAGAAAAAAAAGUAAUUUCUGUGUUAUGUGUCGUGAGUAUGUAAAAGAGGUUUAUAGUGGUAUGUAGCAUGAUCACUGCCCAUUUCUAGCAUGCUGCUAGCAACAUAAAGUUAGCAUAAUUCCUAACCUCGUACACAAUUAGAAGAUAUUAGUGUCGUAUUUCAUUCUUUGAAAUAUUCUAUGAAAUAUUUUUGAGCUAAAAAAAGAAAAGAAAUUUGUGUGUUGAAAAGCUAUGAAUCUUAGUGACAAAUAUUUUAUAUAUAUUUUUGAUAGGAAAAUUUUUAUUUUGUGUGUGUGUGUGUGUGAGAGAGAGAGGGAGAGAGAGAGAGAAAGACAUGUUGUAGUAGCACUACUAGCAUAAGCGUUAACCUUUAUCCAUGUGAUAAAUAUUUCUUGAUAAAAUGUAGUGUGUGUGUGUGUGUGUGUGUGUGUGUGUGUUCAGGAAGUAUUCUGAGUACACGGUUAACAAGUUACUAAUUAGGUUAUGAGUUCCCAGUCAUGCCCGAGCGAGCGUUACAUUUUUCCGAAUUUCUCUGAAUUUGCUUGUUUGCUUUAUGAAUCAUAACUGGACUUUGUCCCUCAAUGUCACCAUUCUGUCCUUGUUGAAUGUUUCUGUCUAGACCUUUUUUUUUUCUACUUAUAAUCCUCCUCUUCUAACAGGAAACUGUUAGGAGAUCCCCCCCCCAUCCCCCCCACACACAGUUUGUUAGCUGUUAGCCUUAGAGAAUUAGCACUUCGGGUAAGCGCUAAUAUAGUACAUCGAGUCCCCUUUGUUUUUGUGUUAACAGUAUUAGCAACGUUUAAAAGGGCUGCUUUCCAGAAUAAACCUAACACUGGACCGAACAUGUCACUGUAGAAACACUGGAAAUACUCCACAUUAGGAAUGCUAACUUUUUGCUAGCUAGUUCUGAGAGAGUUUUCUUCCAUCCUAACUAGUUUAGUUCCUCUUACUGGGUCGUAUUCAGAGUCAGUAUAUUAAGUCCAAAAGUAUUUACGUGAGGACAGUUCCUGGUAUUCAGAAUCGGGUUUCACAGCUGUAGAGCUCCACUUUGAAAUUAUUGUUGCCAGAUUUUUCUUGGGUAAAAGUGUCUGAAUUUCUACUGCGGGGUUUUUCAUCAGCGUCUAGACCACUACCUUUAAA